UGAGCUUGCUUUCACAGCAUUUUCUUCUUCUCCCAGUGCAGCAUAUACAUCCAUGAACAUGAAAAAGGUGUUGCAUACGUUGAAACCAGACAUCUUAAUGGUGUUUGUGCAGAUUGCAUUUUCUGCAGUGAAUGUGGUAUUCAAGCUGGCCAUAAAUGAUGGAAUGAGCAUGAGGAUAGCUUCUGCCUAUCGCUUCGCAUUUGCAUCGGCUUUCACUGUCCCCGUUGCUCUUAUCUUUGAUAGGAAGAAGAGACCAAAGAUUACUUGGAGGGUUCUUAUAUUGGCUUUUCUGUGUGGAUUGUUUGGGGGAAGUUUAUUCAUAAACCUUUACCUGGAGGCCCUCGAAUUGACGUCAGCUACAUUUAUGUCAGCCAUGGUCAACCUUAAUCCGGCCAUUACCUUCAUUCUGGCCAUAUCCUUUGGGUUCGAGAAAUUAAAUUUAAAAGUAGCAGAAGGAAGGGCAAAGGUGAUAGGCACCAUAAUUGGAAUCAGUGGGGCAAUGGUGAUGACCUUCUUCAGAGGCAUAGAAAUUAAUAUAUGGUCGUCCAAAAUCAACCUUAUGCAUCCACAUCAGAACCAAAAUGGUCAUGUGGCAUUACACCAUGCUGACUUUCGAAGUAAACUGUUGGGUAUCUCAUGUGCCAUAGGAAGCUCCUGCUUUUUUUCUUCGUGGUUCAUCAUUCAGGCUAAAAUGAAUGCAGAAUACCCAAGUCCUCGCUCGAGCACAGCUUUGAUGACUACAAUGGCAGCAAUACAGGCCACUGCUUUUACUCUUUGUGUCGAAAGAGAUUGGAACCAAUGGAAGCUGGGUUUCAAUAUCAGGCUUCUAACAGUGGUUUAUUCGGGAAUUGUGGUCUCUGGAAUAGCAGUUGUGAUCAUUGCCUGGUGCAUAAAGAAGAGAGGUCCUCUAUUUGCGUCUGUUUUCAAUCCUCUGCAGAUUUUGCUAGUGGAUAUUGCAGCUUAUUUAACAUUGGAUGAGAAACUAUAUUUAGGAAGUGUGCUUGGAGCAGUGAUGAUCGUGUGCGGUCUAUACAUGGUGCUUUGGGGUAAUGCCCAAGAAUUGAAAAAGAAGUCUCGGUUAGUGGCAUUAGGAAACACCACAAGAGGAGAGUCAGAAAAUGUUGAGGUUGUAAGCCCAGCCCUUAGAUCACAAUAACCAUGAAUGUUACUAACACUUAAAGACUAUUUAUAGAAAAGAAUAAAGAUCGGUGUACACUUCCAUUUUAGUUAAUGUCUAGAUAAAUUAAUAUUACGUGACUUAA